CGGGAGGUUCUGCGCAGGCGCGGCAGUCGUGCGACAGCCGUCACUUACGGCCGGAGCUGUUUGUGCUGGGAGCUGGUGGCGCGGUGCAGGGCUCUUAAGAACGAACGGCUUGGGCGCGGACUGGUAUCCGGGGACUGUGACUUGCAGGGUCCGCCAUGGAGCCAGAGCAGAUGCUGGAGGGACAAACGCAGGUUGCAGAAAAUCCUCACUCUGAGUACGGUCUCACAGACAACGUUGAGAGGAUAGUAGAAAAUGAGAAGAUUAAUGCAGAAAAGUCAUCAAAGCAAAAGGUAGAUCUCCAGUCUUUGCCAACUCGUGCCUACCUGGAUCAGACAGUUGUGCCUAUCUUAUUACAGGGACUUGCUGUGCUUGCAAAGGAAAGAUGAGGAAACAGACUUGGAGAGGUUAAGUGACAUGCUCAAGACAACACUGCUGGGUCUUGCUACGUACGUUGCCCAGGUUGGAAUGCGGUGGCGUGAUCAUGGCUCACUGUAGCCUCGACCUCCUGGGCUCAAGUGAUCCUCCCUCCUCCGCCUACCAAGUAGCUAGGGGCGAAGCCACCACACCCGGAUAAUUAAAAAAUAAAAAAUUUAUAGAAACAGGGUCUCCUAUGUUCCCCAGGCUGGUCUAGAACUCCUGGCCUCAAGCAGUCCUACUGCCUCAGGCCCCCAAAGUGCUGGGAUUAUAGGCAGGAGGUACUAUGCCCAUGCAGUUACAAAUAUUUUAUAGUGUUUGCUCCAAAACUUUCAUUGGAUGUAUGCAACUUUCUCUUCCUAUAUUCCUACUUUUGCAAUGGUGUACUUUGUAACAAUAACACUUCCUCAGAGGUCCAA